AUGAUAAGGCCAAUCCAACGCUACUUGAAGAUCAACAAACACCUUCUGAACCAACAACAAAGUAAUUUCGGACAAUCUCAUUGGUUACAAAAAGAAAAGAAAAUUGAUCAUCAUCAUACGUACAAGCACCAUCACACUUCAUUCACCUAUUUCUUAUUGAAUGUCGAUUCCGAACAACACCAAUUUCGAAAUUUUCAUUUAAAAAAGGAUUUACCAAGUCCCAAGCGAGUGGUUGUCACAGGACUUGGUGUAGUAUCUCCUCUUGGUCUCACAGUUGAAACAUUUUGGCAACACAUGUUGAAUGGAAAAUGUGGAAUUAAACAAUUACCUUUUGAUACAUUGACAGAGAGAGAGCAAGUGAUUUGGACAAAAAUUGGAAACAAAAUUGGAGGAUUUAUUGAUCCUGUGGAAUUGGAUCAGAAAUUAGAUCAAUGUUUGGCAUUUACAGAGUCAUCCAAUAGAGAAAAAAGCAUAACUAAAUCUCGAUUGUCAAAAUUUAUUCAAUUUGGAAUGAUUGCUGCUUUUGAAUCCAUUGUGGAUUCUGGUUUGGAUAUCAAAUCCAUGGAUAAGUCACAAAUUGGAGUCUCUAUGGGUUCUUCACUUGGAGCAGGUGAGGAGGUUGGAGAAGCUUACAUGCUCGUAGAGAAUGAGCAACACAAAAAAGUCAGUCCUGUAUUCUAUCCUCGAAUUCUAAAUAAUAUGGCAGCAGGUUAUAUUGCCAUGCAACAUGAUUUACAAGGACCCAUGAUGAGUUGUUCCACUGCAUGUGCAACAGGAGCUCAUAGUAUUGGAGAAGCAUUUCAAUUUAUUAGACAUGGACAUGGAAAGGUCAUGUUGGCUGGUGGAUGUGAAAAUUCAUUCUAUCCUGUCUUUUAUGUUGGAUUUAAUCGAGCGAGAGCACUUUCUUCAAGAAAUGACCCACAAACAGCGAGUCGACCAUUUGACAAGAAUAGAGAUGGAUUUGUCAUGUCUGAAGGUGCAGGAUGUUUAGUUUUGGAAGAAUUGGAACAUGCUCAAUCAAGAGGAGCUAAAAUAUAUGCAGAAAUUGUUGGAUAUGGAGCAUCAGGAGAUGCCUAUCAUCCUACAGCUCCAUCACCUGAUGGAAGAGCAGCCAUGGCAGCCAUGAGAAAUGCAAUUCAUGAUUCUAUUGUGGAUGUAAAACUGUCAGACAUUAAUCAUGUGAAUUGUCAUGCUACAAGUACGCCUGCUGGAGACAAAGUUGAGUUAUUUGCCAUUCAAAAGUUAUUUGAAAAUGAAAAUCAACCAAUUUAUGUGAAUAGCAUGAAGGGAUCUCUUGGUCACAUGUUAGGAGCAGCAGGUGCAAGUGAAUCUGUUGGUACUGUCCUCUCUAUUUAUCAUAACAAAAUCCCACACACUCUGAAUUUUGAACAAGUCGAUGAGGAUUCAAACCUCAAUGUUAAUAAGGUGAGAAUUGUUGCCAAGGAACCAUUGGAGACUGAAGUGAAAGCAGCACUUUGCAACUCGUUUGGAUUUGGAGGUACCAAUGCAAGUCUUUUGUUUGUUAAAUACAAUCCUUAA